AUGGAAUCGCGGACUCUUCUCAUAACCGGGGUUUCCGGCUAUAUUGGAGGCUCAGUUUUGUCUGCCAUCCUCAGGACCAAAGAUACGUGGGCUGCUAAUCUGAAAGUAUCGGCGCUGGUUCGAUCUGAAUCACAGGCUACAAAAGUCAGGGAGUUGGGUGUAUCUCCAGAACUAUUCUCAAGCUUCGACGAGCUGGACAGACUGGAAGAGGUUGGUAAAGGCUUCGACAGUGUGCGGCGCCAAACUACGAACGCCGAUGUCCACUAUAUCCAGAUCUCCGGAACCUCAAACUUGAGCGAUCGCCCGUAUACAGAGGGGUAUAUUGAUACUCAUGUCUUCUCUGAUGAAGAGGAUAUUUACUCAUUUGAGAAAUAUCGCGAAUCCCGUGAAACAUACUUCCAGCGGAUUACCGACAUUGCCGUGAUUGAGGAGGGCGAGGCCGCUGGUGUGACUACUUACAUUGUAAUGGCACCUACAAUCUUUGGUCUUGGAAGUGGACCAUUCAAUCGCUUUUCCAUGCAGCUUCCUACCAUGAUCGCGGAUGCACUGCGUACAGGCAGCUGCAGUGUUGUUUCUGAGGGAGAUACUGUUUGGAACCACGUGCAUAUCGAGGAUUUGGCAGCCCUCCACCUGGUCUUGCUUCAGCACAUUUUCCGAGGCAUCAAGAUCCCCUCUGGUCGAAAGGGGAUCUAUUUCUGUGAAACAGGAGAGCACUCACACCUGGAGUUCUCGGAAUACCUGGCUAAGGCUGGCCAUAAGUUGGGCGUUUUCCCCUCUAGUAAGGUGGCGAAGAUUACUAUCCAGGAAGCAGGCGAGAAAUGGGUCUUUGGCAACACAUCUAGUGCUGAACUUGGCUUUGCGUCAAACUCUCGUACAAAGGCUGUCCUCGCUCGCAACUUGGGAUGGGCGCCGUCCCAUGCCGAUGAGUGGGAUAGCACGUUCAGUACUGAGCUGAAUGAAUUUAUCAAGAAUCCUCCCAGUGGACGAGAGAUCCCUAAGUAUCUGAAGAAAUAA